AACCUCAGUGCCUCAGUGACUCAGUGCCUCAGCGCUCCUCACUUCUCCGUUUAACUGAAAUCUCUUCGUCUUUCCUCUUUCACACAUCCUGAAAAUCUGCAUGUAAAAUCCAUCACAUUCCCUUUUCAUCCCAAACCGCUCUUCUGGUUAUUCCACACUGAAAUCCAAUCCCAACUCUCCCGUCUCACUCCGUCUCACUCCGUCUCACUCCGUCUCACUCCGUCCUGCACCCAGAGCCUGGUGUCUCGUCCCCACGUCUCGUCUGAAGCUCCCUCCAUCACUGCAGCUCACAUCCCGUCCUCAGCACCUCGCCUCGUCCCGCUCCGCUUCCUCCUGCUCGAUCCGAACGCAGCUGAACCAACUUUCAGUUCUGUAGUGAGAUUUAUUGUUUCUUGAAUUGGCCAAUCGCAGGAAAGACGCAGGGAGUCUGUUCGUCCUGGUCAUGCGGACAUCGAGGACGUUCUGCCAUGGAAGGCACUGAGUCGGCCAUUUUAGCAAUGAAGAACAGGAAGUCGGUGGAGGUGGACAGAGCUUCCUCCCCUUGCAGAAGCCACGCCUCCCCGAAAGCGGGUCCAGAGGAGGAGGGUUUUGAGAAGGUGCUGUCAGAGCUGAGUGCUGCUGCAAAUUUGAAUGUGGAGGCGGAGCUGGGUGUGGAGGCGGGAUUUGAGGAGACGCCAGACUGGGGGCGGGGCUGUGAGGAAGGAGAUGCAGCAGAUGAGGUGGAACCUGAGAACAGCAAUGGCAGCAUGACUGAGUUCCAAAAUCCUGCUCCAUCUACAGAUGUGUCGCACACUCCGUUGUCAGAGCAGCUCCUGUUGGGUCGUGAUGACGUGAAGGUGGUUAAUGUGGAGUGUCGGAUCUGUGGAGAUCAAGCAUCAGGAUUUCAUUAUGGAGUGCACGCCUGCGAAGGGUGUAAGGGUUUUUUCCGCCGCACGGUGAGAAUGAAACUUGAGUAUGAUAAAUGUGAACGCAGCUGCAAGAUCCACAAGAAAAACCGCAACAAGUGUCAGUACUGCCGCUUCCAGAAGUGUCUGAUGCUCGGUAUGAGUCACGAUGCGAUUCGGUACGGCCGCAUGCCUGAGGCGGAGAAGAGGAAGUUGGUGGAGGGAAUGUUAUCAGACAGUCGGACAGCGAGCAGCUCCAACCUGAAAUCUCUGGCUAAAAAAGUGUACAAUGCGUAUCUGAAACACCUGAACAUGACCAAGAGGAAAGCACGCAGCAUCCUGACAGGAAGAACCACCUCCAACCCUUUUGUGAUCUAUGACCUGGGCUCUCUGUGGCGUGCGGAGAGCGGGAUGGUGUGGGACAGCGGGGUUCUGAGUGGACGAGCGCAGAAGGAGAUCGGCGUUCACGUCUUCUACCGCUGUCAGUGCAGCACCGUGGAGACUGUACGACAAAUCACCGAGUUCUCCAAGUGCAUCCCGGGAUUCAUCGACCUGUACCUCAACGACCAGGUGACGCUGCUGAAGUACGGUGUUCACGAAGCGAUCUUCGCCAUGCUGCCAUCUCUGAUGAAUAAGGACGGGUUGCUAGUGGCGAAUGGGCGGGGCUUCGUCACGCGUGAGUUCCUGCGCAGUCUCAGGAAGCCGUUCAGUGAAAUCAUGGAGCCGAAGUUCGAGUUUGCUCUCAAGUUCAACGCGCUGGAGCUGGACGACAGUGACCUCGCGCUGUUCGUUGCCGCCAUCAUCCUGUGUGGAGAUCGUCCUGGGCUGAUGAACGUGAAGCAGGUGGAGGAGAUUCAGGAUAAGAUCCUGCAGGCGUUGGAUCAGCACCUGCAGCACACACACCCCGACGCCGCGUACAUUUUCCCCAAACUGCUGCAGAAACUGGCAGACCUGCGACAGCUCGUCACUGAGAAUGCACAGCUCGUCCAGAUGAUCAAAAAAACUGAGUCUGAGACCUCACUGCACCCUCUACUGCAAGAGAUCUACAGAGACAUGUACUGAACGCACACACACUCACACACACUCACACACACACACACACUCACACUCACACUCACACACACACACUCACACACACACACACACACACACACUCACACACACACACACACACACUCACACACACACACACAUCAGCAGAACAGCUGUGCUGAAUCACAGUGUGAUAAAAGAAUCACAGACGAAUCGGUUUCAGAACGACUCAUUUAAAUGAACGAGGAAAUUCAUUGGAUUUGGAAGCAGGAUUCAAUCCAUAGAGUUUAUAUUUAUUUUUAUUUGUUUUUUUUUCUGUGUAUGUUUAUUAAUGUUAGAAACUAUUUAAUAAUGUACAUAUUCAGAGGAUUUAACAAGGUUUAAGUGAUGAAUCAGAUGAAUCGAAUGAAUCGAAAUGUAAUUAACUGUAAUGGGUUAUUUAAAGAGAAUCUAAUCAGUAAAGUGAGUCAUAAUGUCCAUAACUGAAUCACACACACACACACACACACACACACACUCACACACACGCACGCGCACACACACACACACACACACACACACUCUCUCACUCACACUCACACACUCACACUCACACACUCUCUCACUCACACACACUCUCUCACUCACACACACUCUCUCACUCACACACACUCUCUCACUCACACACACUCACACACACUCACACACUCACACUCACACACUCUCUCACUCACACACACACUCUCUCACUCACACACACUCACACACACACAUACACACGCGCGCACACUCUCUCUCACUCACACUCACACUCUCUCACACUCUCUCACUCACACUCACUCACACUCACUCACACACACACACUCACUCACUCACACUCACUCACACACACACACUCACUCACACACACACACUCACACACACACACACACUCUCUCACACACACACACACACACACACACUCACUCUCACACACACACACACACACACUCUCUCACUCACACACACUCACACACACUCACACACACACAUACACACGCGCGCACACUCUCUCUCACUCACACUCACACUCUCUCACUCACACUCACUCACACUCACUCACACACACACACUCACACACACACACACACUCUCUCACACACACACACACACACACACUCACUCUCACACACACACACACACACACACACACUCUCUCACUCACACACACUCACACACACACACACACACUCACACACACACACACACUCUCUCACUCACACACACACACACACACACUUUUGUGUACACUCUUAGAGUUAAACGCUGAAGUUAAAAAACAGAAAUUUCUUUUAUCUUUAAAGUCUGAAUAUUUUUAUAUAAAAUGUUUGUAAUAUUGUAAUAUUUUAUGGAGAGUGAUCCUCUCUGAACUCUAACGCUAACUAUGCAAAUUUGAAAGUGAACGCUUAGCUCAGUUUAGCUUAGCACAUAUCACGUUAGCGUAGAUUAGCAUGACUCCGCUGCUGUGCUGUGGAUUAGAGAUUAUCCGACAAGUUGCUGAAUUAAACACACUGCUGCUCUUCCCAUGGGAGUGUGUGAGUGUGAGUGUGUGUGUGUGUCCUUACAGAGAAAACCAUCCCAUAAUAAUUCCCAUAAUUCAGUUCACCAGAUGAAGGUGUAGAUGGAACUGUUUUCUUCAGGACGUCGUCUUAAUGGACGGAUUUCACAACUUGCUAACCUCAAAAUGUUUAUAUUGUUGUUUUAUUCAUAUUAGCUCAGUAUGUGUGUGUGUGUGAGAGAGUGAGAGUGAGAGUGAGAGUGAGAGAGAGAGUGAGAGAGAGAGUGAGAGAGAGAGUGAGAGAGAGUGAGACAGAGAGUGAUAAAGCUGUGAAGCUUAAGUUAUAUUUGAACAAUUACAAACUGAUCAUGUGGCUAGUUAGCUUAGCUUGCGUUAAUGCUACCUCUGUGGCAGUGGCUAUAGUUCAUUAGCAUGGUAGCUAACAGACAGACUUAAGCCCCGCCCCCAAAGACCAAAUCAGGAAGUGCGUUACAGGGUCCUACAGUAAGAUUAAUGAAUUAAUGAUUUAAUUACGAAGGAGUUUAUUGUUUUAUUGGUUUCUGUUACAGUGUGGUCGUGGGCUGCGUCCCAAAUCACAUUCUGUCACAUUAAAUCUGUUCUGUGGGAAAAUCUGUUAUUACUCAUAAAAAAAUGACUGAAAAUGGACAAUCAUUUACCAAACCGCUGUGGAGGUGUGUUUAUUUACUGUUUACAUUUGGCUAUGCUAACAGCUUUAGCAUUGAUCACCUGAUAUCUCUUGCUUUAUUGGUAGUAGUGUAGUGACUGUUCAUAACUAGCUCAUUUAUUUAAUAGCAGGCUAGCUCUACAGCCAUUUGGGUUUGCUGCUGUGUUAAUUAGCUAGCAUGCUAACUUGCUAUCUCAGCUCCAUCAGUAUCAUGUACAGGAAGUGAUGUUAACUAAAGAUCAUAUUCAGAAUCAGAGACUUUAGUCCAAAAGUUCUGUCAGAAUUUACGUGAGGAAAGUUCCUGGUAUUCAGAGUCGGGUUACGCAGCUGGAUUUUCUGAGCUCCACAUUCGGAUGAUAAAGUCACCUGCGUGUAGUUCUCACCUCCGAGGUCAUCAGAGUUUUCUUACGUAGAAGCGGAGUUUUACACUCGCGUCCAGAAAACCGCCUUUAAACACAAUCACUCGCCUUAAACCUGAAAAAACUCAGGGAUAGAAAAUACGGACUGAAGAUGGAAAUAGAGUUUUUUUCUGUGGUGUUAAAGUGUGACACGAUGCAAGUUAAAAUCGAGAGAGAAUUUAUAAAUGAAAAGGGAAAAGAUUAAUACGAUGAUGUAGGAAUGAGAAGAUGAAAUAAAUAAAUAUAUAUUACAGCUUGAAUAUAAAUGAACUAUAUAUAAAUGGUCUAAAUGAACAAAAUGGCUUCCACACUCAUCAGUCAGCAGCACACAGAAUAGCACUUGAUCCAGCACAGACUGUUAAUUUACAUUUUAUUAUUAUUUUAUAUUUUAAUGAAGCCAUCAGGUACUAAAUGAAGGUCAUGAAAUUGUAACAUGUGUGUGUGAAGUGUGUAGAAUUGAUCACACUUGAUUGGCUUUAUGUUUAUUAAUGUGAGUGUUUGUUAAUUCGAUUCGUUCUCCUGUAAAGGAAACGUACUCGCGGUGUGAAGGACAAUCUGACCCAGCACUCAUCUGCUGCACUUCUAGAAUCGUGCAUAACUAAGACCCGCCUCUGUUUUAGACAAACUCCGCCCCCACGUGUGUAACUCUCACGCAGCUUCUGAGUAGCGCUUCGGUCUGCAGUUACUCCUGAGGUCUGAGUGCUGAUUCCUCUGUUCUGAAUAAAUCACUUCUUCUCUAAUGCACUUCACUCAAGCUGACGCAAUGUAAUGGCCCUUAAGUUAGCGGCCAAGGGCACUUGACCGAGGGGAAGAAAGGAACAUUAGAGCACAGCCUCUCGCUGCUGUAGCGACGUGCUGCAAAUAUUAAACCCAAGUGAAAGGGUUAGUGGACGAGGGCGUGUUAAAGACAGGAUUGGAACACAGCCCGUGUUUGUGUACUUCUUUUUUCUCUUUUGGGUUUUUUCUUCCUGAUUCAGACCUCAAACUGUGUUUCUGAUUAUCAGUGGUGUGUGUGUGUGUGUGGGUGUGUGUGUGCGAGUUGCUAUACACACUUUUAGUAAAUGUAUUGUUUAUAUGUGUAAUAGACUGAGAAUUUAAUAAACAUUAUCUUCAUUAA